CAGUCAUAAGUCGCAAUUUCGGAAAUAACGCUAAAAAGUAGAAAACAAAUAUAUUUAUUAAAUACGGAUAGUCAUACUAGCAAAAUAUUGUACGCACAUAAAAACAGAAAUGUAUCAAGAAUAUUUAAAUCAGCUGCAAACGUCGAUAGCACCACUUUCAUCAGACGAAUUGAAGGAUUUGCUCAACGAUGACGAAAAGCUAGAUGAAAAAGUGAGCGAAGUGUUGGAAGGUCUUAAAGCUCAAAAGGACAAUCUACUCAUCGAAAAUCGUUCGAAAGCUGAGAGUAAUAUAGAAAAAGAACCCAAGAUCAUAGAAUUACGUGGCAAAGUAAAUGAACUGCUCGAGGAAGCCAAACAGUGCUGUGAGGCAGUGCAGGAUAAACUAGCAGAAGUGAAAGAGAAAUCUGGCAACGUUAGCCAGGAAACAGCCUUGGCGUUAAUACAAACUGCAGCCGCUGAAAGUGAGGAAGCAACUGAUGCUUUGAUCAAACAAUUCACUGACAAUGAGAUUGGAGUGGAAGCAUUUCUAGACGAAUUCUUGGCCGCACGCAAAACAAUGCACCUACGCAAGCUCAAAGCAGAGAAAAUGCACGAGCUAAUGCGAAAACAAACACAGGCUGCUCAGCGUGGUAGCAUUGGUGGCGCUAUGCCUGCCUAUGGUAAUUUGCUACCAAACAGUGGAUUCUACCCGAACCCAGGUGUAGCUGGCAUGGGUGGCGGCAGUGUACCAUAUCCAUUGGGACCCAUGAUGCCAAUGCCACCGCCACGCCCUUAUUAGUAUCAAUCGGCCCGUUAUCGUGUACUGCCUUUAAACAACAGUGCUGUUACAUGCUGAAUUUCGAAAUGCAUAAUACGACGUACAGAAUAUUCGAGUAGCGGCGAUAAUUUUAAAUAUAAAAAUCUUAUUUUUUAAGUAUGGUAGUAUUGUUAAAAUGUUACGUAGUGAUAAAGAGUAAGAUUUUCAGAAAAGGAACUUUGUAUAGAAGGAACUAAUAAAUUACAUUAUUUACGACACAAUUCACUUACGUAUAUUAAUAAUUUUCCUUUAUAAUGCAUUAUAAAUAAGAAUAGCAGCAUCAUUUUAUUCCGAGAUCUCGAUUUAAAAAAUUAAUGCACUUAUAAAAAGCAAACAGAAAAAAUUAAUUUAGUCGUGUUAAAAGAUAUUCGUAACCCAAAUACAAUCUUUAUUUCGUUAAAAAAAAGAGUUUACCGGUUGUGGUAGCAUUUUGUAUGCGUAAGUGAACUAAAUGGCAAACACCACUGAAAAAACAUAUUGGGGCUUGUGUGCCAACAAUCCGGCGAUACGCAAAUAUGCAAAAAUAUUUAAUAAACAAAAAAUCAAACUAUAGUAUUCAA